ACUACGGAUUGCGUGCACAGUGCAGAAGCCAUGAGGAUUUUCAUACUGACCGCUCUGGUGACAAUGGUGUGCGCCUCCUACGAAGAGGACCACGGUGGAUCCACUUAUCACGAGACGUCGAAACCGGUGGAGAUUCCAAUUUACAAAAAAUACGCCAUACCAAUUCCGCACCCUGUUCCAGUGCCGGUACCGCAGCACAUUAAGGUACCAAUUCCGCAGCCGUAUCAGGUCGAAGUACCAGUUCCACAUCCAGUGCCUGUGGAGGUAGUGAAACACGUUGAAAUUCCAGUGGAGAAGCCUGAACCGUACGUGGUAGAGAAAAAGGUACCAUACGUUGUCGAGAAGCCCUAUCCAGUGACGGUGGAGAAACAUUUCGCGGUUCCCAUUCCAAAACCAUACCCAGUCCACGUACCUGUCUACAAGCACGUGUUCCAUCACCAAAGCAAAGGACACGGCUGGAAACACUGAUCCUGGAUGUCGUCGACGUAUCAAACUCGAGUCCUUCUACCAAAUACGCAGCCAAAAUGAAAUUCAUCGUUUAUUGGCAUUAUCACGCUUGUACAUAGUCCAAUGUUGUUAUUGUUGCUCAAAUAAACUGUUUUUGUUUUUGUAACAAUUGCCGAUUGAAUUUCUUUCCCUUAUGGUGGUUGUCUCGAAUAUUCGAGAUGCUUGGAAGGUUUUGAAAGCCGUGGGUUUCUUUCAAUGGCUCGGAACCAGUCGCUUUUUCUUCGAACCACUGGAUUUCUUAAUUAGGUCAACUUCACCAGAUUGGAUCCCGUCGAUCCGCAUGCUUCGACUGUUUUCUCCAUCUAAUUGCCGCCCAACACCGUG